GCUUCUGUACGCGACACGCCAUAUUGUGUUCUGUCCGGAAAUUUGAAAAUCGAAUUAGAAAAAUACAUGAAGCGGUCAGCGUUAAAACCAUAAAGGGUAAGCAUCAGAACGGCCUCGCCCACAUCACAAGUUACCUUCCAGAUAUGGAACCUAGUCCAAAACCAAAAGCAUGCCGACAGUUAUUUCCAGAAGAACAACCAAAUAAAGACUACCAGAAAGUCAUAGAAGAAAAUCUACAAAGACAUCUAGAAGAACAGAAAAGGAAAUGGAACUUUGAUUUUAGUACUGAGAGAAUGAUUUCUGACGAUGGCUCGUAUAUAUGGUCGGAAGGAGACGAGAGGUAUGACUGGAUAGGAAGACCUUAUGAACAUAUAGAAACAGAUAAUCCUAAUGAUAUUCUAGAAGAAAACCUCAAGAUUAGUGAAGACCAAAGUGACAAAAGUGAUGAAGAAAUAAAACCUAAUGAACGUAAUGGUUCAGACAAUGUUAACACGGGAUAGGUUUAAGUUUAAUGAUAAUUUGAAUAAUACUUUCUACGGCUUUACCAAAAUGAGAUGAAUUAAAGACCUAUCUAAUAUAUGUAUAUCUUUAUUUGAGAAACAAUUUAUUUAAAAAAAUUGAACUUUUUAUAUAAAAUGAAAAAGUAGCUGUACUUAGUCGUACAUAACAACGUAAUUUCAAUAAUUGUUUCAUUAAUGAAUUUAUCAUUAUAAAAUUUCAAUGACUUAGUAUUAGAUUCUAAAACAUUAAUAUGAAGGACGAAAUGACCACCAAUUUCUUUGUAUAUAAAUUGGCAUAUUUUAUAAAUUUUCCGUUUUUAGCUUGAUUUUGUGAAAUGAUAGAAAAAAGAUCUUGAAAGUAGUGAACGAUUUGAGUGGUUUUUUUUCGAUAAUUUUAUAAUGAAUUGGGUUGUUGUUACUUAAAAUUAUUUUAAGAUUUACAUAACACGUGUCGAAAUCUCCAAAACUUUAAUUUUUAUUUAUUAUUUAGUUCAGUUUGUUAAUUUUAAUUAUACUUUAUGUGGAAAAUUUGUGAUAGCAACAUUAAUAAUUGUAUAUUAUUACAGUGCUUUAUUCCUAACUGCUAAGAUUAACUUAAAGUCUUGGUAAGUUAAUAUGAAUUAGGUUCCUUUGCAAAGGUUGCGGAGGUCAGAUGGGAGUCGAUUCAGGAUUCUUGGUCAAAGGCGUUCCUCUCCAAAGUUGUGAGGAUGUAACCAGGUCUAGUGCCAAAAGGUAGAAGAGAAUGUUAAUAGGUAUAUCUAUUGUUUUUUCAACAAUAUACGAUACGUGAAUAUCAAUUUAUAGUUAGAAAAAAACAAUAAUAUAACU